AUGACCGAAAUCACCGAAAAGGAGAACGACCCCCAACAUAGCACGGAUGCGCAGCAGACCACGAGCACCGGUUCCAGCCUGCAAGAAACAAAGUUACAAAGGUUCAAACGCUCUCUGUCACUCAAGACCAUCCUGCGCAGCAAGAGCGUGGAGAACUUUUUUCUGCGCUCUGGUAAUGAGUUCAAGCUGCCCUCCGAUGUCCUGCUCAGCCCUCCUGAUUCCAUGCCACCCCCCUCUCCACCCCCAGUUUCCACUGAAACAGAAACCUCCCCCAGAGCCCUCCACAAGUCCCUGGGGACCCUCAAGCCCAUGAAGACCCACAGUUUCCAGGAACACAUCUUCAAGAAACACAAUCCUUGUGAAAUUUGCCAUCAGCUUAUUGUAGGAAACUCCAAACAAGGUCUACGAUGCAAGACAUGCAAACUGAGUGUGCAUCUGUGGUGUUCAGAAGAAGUUUCUCAUCAGCAGUGCCUUGGCAAGACACAGGCAACCUCUUUCCGCCGUAAUCUUAGUUCUCCUCUGCUGCUACACGAACCACAGCCCCAACCAGCCCCAGCCAAGGAAUCUCCUCCUAAAGCAGGCCCCAGUGGAAAGGUAGAUCCCGUUUAUGAGACUUUGCGCUACGGCACUUCACUGGCCUACAUGAAUCGCUCCAGCUUCAGCAGCACCUCAGAGUCCCCCACCAAGAGUCUGAAUGAGAAGGAGGACAUAGUUCAGAAUGCAGAAGGCUCAACAGCAGGUGGACCAACAGCAGAGGAAAAUAUUACCGAUAAUGUUUUCUCAGUGGCCACAGAAGGCGAAAGCCCUGUUUUGGAGGAAAAUAACUCAGGGCAACAGCCAUCUCAAGGAUCUACACGCAAAGAGGUCUCAUCCAUGUAUUCUUAUGUUGCUCUGUACAAGUUUCUGCCUCAGGAGAACAAUGAUCUGCCACUGAAGCCAGGAGACCGAAUCAUGCUGAUAGAUGAUUCUAAUGAAGAUUGGUGGAAGGGGAAGAUGGGAGACCGCAUUGGCUUUUUCCCAGCCAAUUUUGUCCAGCGAGUUCGCCCAGGUGAAACUGUCUGGAGAUGCUUCAGGACUUUCUGUGGCAACAAAGAACAGGGACAGCUGAGCCUUAAAGAAAACCAGAUCUGUGUUGGUGUGGGAAAGACCAAAGAGAAUGAAGGUUUCAUCAAGGUGACAAGUGGCAAAAAACGUGGGCUGGUGCCUGCUGACACUCUGACAGAAAUUUGA